AUGGUUGUCAACGUAGUCGGGAUCCCAGGACGAUAUGGCUCUGACAGACCUAAAUUUCUCAAAAGCCUAUUCAUUGAAGAAUUUCCUGAUGUUAGACGCUUGGACAGAUUGGCAGCUAAAUUAAAUAAUGUCACGUUUAGAAUUUCUAAUUUCUCCAACUUUAUACGAACAUUAAUUGAUAGUAGCUGCAAUACGUCGACGUCCAGAGAUCUCUGGAGAGAAUUACCGACUGAAAUCACAGAUUCACUUAGCCUUGUUACUUUCAAAAUAAAAGCAUUCAACUUUUUUCUAGAUCCUCAAGUUGCAAAAUUUCGUCAAGAAAUAACUGAACAAGAAGCAGAAGAAAAACAAUCCAAACAACAGAAGAAGCAGGAGAAGAAGAGUAGUCAAAAGAAGAAGGAAGAGCCAGCAGAUAAGAAAUUACAAGGUUCACCUAUAGCUCAACGUUUAAGAAGCAAGGUCAAAGCAGACGACACAGCUCUCCCCAGUACAUCUAAAGGAGUGAUGCGAAGAGUCUUCGAUAAAUUACCAUCUUUCAAAAGAAAACAAUUCAGUAAAAUAAAGGAGUCAUCGUCGUCAAGAUCAGAAAGCAAUAUAGAGUCAAGUAGUGAAUCAUCGGCAUCUGAAAGAUCGGGUAUCAGGAAAACACCCAAGAAGACACAACUAUAUACUCCAGCAACAACGCCUCGUUUACAACGACGACAGCGUGAAGAACGUUUAACAGACUUAGAAAUCUCAAGUAAAUCCAUGAGUAUGUUUUCUGAUGAUUCUGAUAGCGAAACAAUUGGAGGACGAGUACGAGUACCACCAUUUUCGGACAGACGCGUAAAUGAAAGUGAUGAUGAACCACAUAGCGAAGUUGAAGAAAAUGAAGACCAAGAAGAUGUGAAGGCUAGUAGAUCAGGACGAGCUAGAAAAAUUAUCGAAACUAGAGAUCAAAUAUUUAUGCAGAAAAAUAAUUACUUGUAUUUUAUAGAUGAGUAUGGUCAACCCGUUGAUAGUGGAGCGACGAAAUUAGAAGAAAGAUCAUUACUGCCUAAAUUUAAGAAUUUACAAGCAGGUAGUGUAGCUAUAACGAAAAUAGGUAGUAGGCAUCAUAUAGCUAUAGUAGUUAAUAAAGGGGAAUCCUUAAGUUGGGUUGUCAGGACAUUGACACGCACCUUGACCAGACUUAACUUACGGACAAUAUCAAUAGCUAAGUCUAGUAGUGUAAACGAAACCAUUCAUGAUAAAAUAAUAGGUAAAAUUAAGAUUUCCGAUUCAGGGAUCCUCACUUUAACCGAUUCUUCUCACUCGUUAAUAGCUAAUGAUAUUAGGUUAAUGGGAUUUUCUAGUAACUCCGAAGUCUAUACGACACAACCAACUUAUGAGUUAGAUUUAAUUCAGAUUCUACCUAACAUCUGCAAAAAAGAAUUUAAACCGAUUAAUAAUAUUCCUUAUGUUCCUAAUCAAUUAUCAUACGAUUUUACUCUAAAUGAGGUCGCAGGCCAAAAUCAAAAUGUGCCUGUUCAUAAUUAUUCAAACCACAGUACACUAUAUCUCAUUUUUGGUGUGUUUUUAAUUAUCUUUAUUACUAUUGCUUAUAUUUUGUGCUUUAACUCCAAGAAAACAACUGAAAGUACUCUAAUCGACUCAUCCAACCAAACCGAAGUCACUUUGAUAGAACCUGACGCACACAUCUAUGAUGUUCCAUCUAGCAGUGUAUCAUUAGUCACGCCUCCAAAUAACCUUAAGGACGAAUCUAAGUCUAUCUAUAUAGAAAUGCGUAAUAUUCGAAAAACCCUAACUUUCAAAAACGCACCCGAGAAAAUUUAA